AUGAAGACCCCACCGACACGGUCACCAUUCCGUUUAGUCGCUCGUUAUUCGACUGAACGUCGACGUGUCCUUGCCGCGUUGGAUUCGGAAGAGGAAGACAUCACUGUGGAAUUGGGUGCCUUGGGAUUACGGGUAUACAACAUGCGUUUCGACGCAGCUGCUUCACCCAAUGAGAAUAUGUGAGU